AUGAUGCCAAGGUCUUCAGCGUAUGGGGCGUUUGCUGCCGCAGGGGACGGUGUCACUGAUGACACACAAGCAUUCAGUAAGGCUUGGGAUGCCGCUUGCCAGGCCGAAAGAUCCUCUGUAGUUUUUCUUGUUCCUGAUAAAUAUUCCUUCCUUACACAAAGUAUCCUAUUCAAAGGGCCUUGUAAAUCUUACCUACUGUUCCAGCUUGAUGGGAGAAUUGUGGCUCCUAAUGGAGCCAAUAAAUGGUCAUCAAGAAAUAGUAAAUCAGAUUGGCUGGACUUCUAUGAAAUCCAUGACAUGACAAUGCAAGGAGGUGGGCUUAUAGAUGGAAGAGGAGAAAAGUGGUGGAAUCUCCCCUGUACUUCAGCCCUAAGAUUUUUGAAAAGCUCUAACUUGGAAGUACAAGGAAUCAGUGUUCAGAGCAGCCCCAAGUUCCAUGUCUACUUUGAUGAUUGUCAAAAUGUCCGAUUAGAGUUCAUCAACAUAAACUCACCGGGUGAUAGCCCGAACACCGAUGGAAUUCACAAGAGGCUUCCAACAAUGUGGAAAUACACCAUUCAAGAAUUUCAGCUGGUAACUAAUUCUACAAGAUCUUAUUAA